AUGUCUUUUCUUGUCAUUCUGUCUAUCUGUCUCUGUCUCUCAGUUUCGGUGGCAGACAGCAGGGUGAUCCUGGAGGGUCUGCAGAGGUACGGUCCCACGCCGAUCUAUCUGCCUGUCAGCUACCAGAUCACCAACGCCGAGUCAGCCUUCUUCCUGCAAGAAGCCAACCAGGACUUAAUGAGGAACUCCAGCCUGCAGGCCCGCACCGAGUCCUUCUUCAUCCACCAGGCCCGCCAGAUGCCCUCUGUCAACGCCAGCUACGGGCCUCUCUCCAUCCAGCAGCCUGUUCCCCUGGAGCUGCUGCAGACCCUGCCGGGGCCCUUCAACACGCCCUCCUUUACGUCUUCAUCAACAUCGUCUUCACCUCUCUUUACGUUCAACUGGAAGGUCCACACCUACAUCAUCAGUGAGAGGAUUCACCCCAGCUGGCCCAAGGUGCAGGUGUUGUUCUAUGUUGCAGGGAGGGACUGGGACGACUACAGCACUAUCCAUAAGCUGCCCUGCGUCCGGAUGUUUGCCUUCCAUGAGACCCAGGAGGUGCGCGGCACAUGCAGGUUAAAAGGGGAGCUGGGCAUAUGUGUUGCUGAGCUGGAGCCCCUGGCUAGCUGGUUCAGCCCACCCACCGUCAGGCCGGGCAGGCAGAGGGUCUCCGAGCAGGCCCAGGGCACCCCUGUGGAGCUCUACUACAUGGUUCAGUCCACGGAGAGCGGGGAUUGCAGCUCGGAGGACUCGCGGAAGAGCGGCUCCGUUCACACAGAGCAGCAGAGGCCGAUGGGCUAUUUUUCGGGGCCUACGCCUAUGCAGCGCAUCGGGAGCGUCAGGCUGUUCCAGCCGCUGUCGGAGCUGAAGCUGGACAGUAACUUUGUGGUGAUGGUGCCCUCCAAACCCAUCCGGCAGAGAGAGACUGUCUCGAGCUUUCUGGCUCUAUCCAGCCUCUCCGCGGUGCAAAUCUUCACCCUCAGGGUCAAGCUGAAGGAGGGCGUGGCAUUCCUGGGAGCCAGGGCCAGUAACCCGGUGGUGUGGACGGUGAGUCAGGACGUCAGAAGCGAAGGUCACAGGAUCGUCACACUCCACUGUCGCAGGAAGGAAAGCAGCUUCGGCCAAAGAGCGGAGGCAGCAGGUUAUCAGCGAGUGCUGCAGGUGGACCUGGAGGUGAACGGGCUGAUGGUGCCGCAGGGUGGCAGGGAGGUGACGUGGCAGGUGGAGUACCCGCUCACCCGCACCCUGACCAAUGAGGUGCAGACUUUCAUCCGCCUCGCGCCCCAGGACCUGGGGGGGAUCGUGCCCCUGGCUAUGGACACCGAGAUACUCAACACAGCUGUCCUCACCGGGCGAACCGUUGCUGUGCCAGUGAAGGUAGUCACCGUAGGAACAGACGGAGCCGUUUCUGAUGUAACCGAGUCGGUGGAGUGCAAGUCAACAGAUGAGGACGUUGUCAAGGUGUCGGAGCGCUGUGACUAUGUCUAUGUGAACGGGAAGGAGACGAGGGGGAAGAGCAGGGUGUCGCUCAACUUCACCUACAGUUUCCUGAGCUCCCAGCUGGAGAUGAGCGUAUGGAUGCCCCGCCUGCCCUUGCUGAUCGAUGUUGCCGACCCUGAACUCAGCCAGAUCAAAGGGUGGAGGGUCCCUGUUACCGCUGGCAACAGGAGGGUGAUCGACGACAAAGAUGAUGAUGAUGAUGCCGAAGGAGAUAAGGCGGAAAGGGCAGACGGCGGCUGUGUGGCCCAGUACCAGAGCACCACCGUGCGAAUCCUCACCCACUUCGUGGCCGAGACUGUGGAGGGAAGACGGGCGGGGGAGGAGGACGGGCAGGGCCAGCAGAACUUCCUGCUGGGCAGCGACUGGCAGGUGGACGUGACCCAGCUGGUCCAGGACUCGUUGAGGGUGGACGACCCGAGGGUUGUCCAGCUGCUGCAGGGACAAAUCCUGAUUGGACAGAGCGCCGGCACCACCAAACUACAGGUGCUGUCCCCUCUGUCAUCUUCAGUCCUGGCUGAGAGGAGCAUCAGGGUGCUGAAUGACAAAGUGAGUGUGACAGAGCUGGGGGUGCAGUUGGUGUCGGGACUGUCUCUGUCCCUGCAGCUCAGCCCGGGGAGCAACAGGGCCAUCAUCGCCACGGCAACCACACAGGAGGUCAUGCAAACGCUCAAACAGGAGUCUCUUAUCAGUGCUUGGCUGCAGUUCAGCGACGGCUCCAUGACGCCUCUGGACAACUACAACCCUGCCCACUUCGUCCUCUCCGCCACCUCUCUGGACGAGCAGGUGGUGGCGGUGCAGAGGAGCGCCGGAUGGAAGUGGCCCAUCGUCGUCGCCAAGGGAGAAGGUCAGGGUUUGUUGGUGCGUGUUGAAAUGAGCCCGUCCGAGGUGUGCCAGAAGGGAAAGCGACGGACCGUCUUGGCCACCGGAGUGGGAAACAUACAAGUAAGGUUUGGCCAGCCUGAGGAGCCGUACGGCCAGCCAGGAGACCGGAGAACUCGACCUGACCCCCCUUACUAUGGAGGCUCCAUCUCUGACAUGGAACCUGGGAUAAUAAACCGAGGAGCCACGACUGUCAAGGGGCAUGUACCGGGGAGGCCUAAUGGCGGCCGCCUGUCAGCAGAUGGCGGGGUCGGGGUCCCGGGGGAAUUCUCAGAGUAUCCCGACCAGGCAGAGCUUCCUCGGGGUCGCACCACCGAGGAGGACCUCCUAUCAUCCCGGCGUGGCUUGACGGACCUGGAGAUCGGCAUGUACGCCCUGCUGGGAGUCUUCUGCCUGGCCAUCCUCGUUUUUCUCAUCAACUGCAUCUCUUAUGCCUAUAAAUACCGCAGCAAGCAGCUGUCCCUGGAGGCCCCCGAGGCCAUGCCCCACGCCCAUGACUGGGUUUGGCUGGGCCAGGAGGAGGGGCUGUGUCUUCAGCAGCAGCAGCAGGACGAGAUAGGCGGUAUACUCGAGGAAGGAAGCCAACUACUCAAUGGAGGAGUCCAGCGGGGUAGCUCCAGUACUCAGGGGGGUUGCAGCUCGGGAGGGAGGGAUCACAGGAAUGAGUCCCUUAACUCACCCACCACCAAGAGAAAGAGGGUGAAGUUCACCACUUUUGCUAAUGUCAAGUCCAGUAAUGGAUGCCCUGUGCUCAGCCCAUUGGCAUUAGUGCAGACAAGUGAGAUCAAAUGGGUGUGUCCGGACAUUGAGCUGGGGGACUCCCAGGAUCUCCAGAACUAUAUGGAACGGCUGAAUGAGAACGCCACUAAGAACAUGGCGUAGGGAGAGAAGUGUGUGAGUGUGUGUGUUUUCAACGAACUAAAGACAAACCCACCUGAAUGCCUUCAGAACAAGGAGGGAGCGAGGGUUGGAGGGCGGCAUGGGAAGCAGGAACAGAACAACGGGAGUGGAAAACAGAUUAGGGGUGCUGUUAAACUGUACCUCACCAUGACAACAGGAUAGCGCGUUCUGCCUCUGUUGUUUCCAUGACAAUAGUCACAAAGGGUCGGGCAAACGGACUUCAAGGAGACGCGAUUCGCCAUGACACUGCAGUGUGUUUGAGAGGGGGGGAAAUGUGAACUUGAUAUCGUUGCUUAACUUAAAUGUACGUUCUUUGUCUUUAAUUGACGUUCAGUUUCAUUUUAUAAUUGUCACGUACAUUGUUACCUGUUUCCUUUUUAAAUCAUCAUCUUUUAAUGUUGUAUCAUUCUUUUUUACAACUUUGUGGCAUUUUUAGGGUUGUAUACCCUGUAUACCCUGCAUCACCUGUAAGCAAAUAUAGAUUCUAGGGGAGAAAGUGUUGAAAACAAUUUGAAUUGUACAUAAUAUGCACAGUUUGGUUUGAAGGUAUUAUACGUAUAUUGACAUUU